GAUGCAUGAUAUAUAGUUCUGAAUUGCAUAGUAUUAUAUUGCAAUAAAAGCAUUGGCAUCUAUACAACUGAGAUAUAUAUUCGGUUUUUAGCGCUACCCCCAACUGUAACUAUCAGCGAACAGGAACGUACCCAUUGGAAUCUCUAUUGCGCUUGCUUCCUUGAAUGUGUAAAGCUAAUGGCUAAGGGUAAACUACAUUAACAGUCUAACCAUUUUUAUUUACAAUGGCAGAAUAUGGAGAGGAAGAGGGAUUCAUGUUGCCUGUAGACGACGGUUUAUUUGCUGAUACAUUUUCUGAUGAUAGCGUGUACAAAUUCAUCGGUCAAGAGUUAAAGAUCAGCCAGGUGUUCAGCGCCAACCUCGGCGUGGCAGCGCCAGUGUGGGACGCCGCGCUUCAUCUAUGUCGCUAUUUCGAGGAAAACUCGCUCAACCUGAAAGGAAAGCGCAUCAUUGAGUUGGGCGCAGGAACUGGCAUUGUUGGCAUUUUGGCAGCACGUUUGGGAGCGGAUGUGACCUUGACAGACCUCCCCCUUGCUGUCCCUCAACUGCAAAGCAACGUCUCGGCCAACAUGCCGUCCUCUGGCUGGCCUUCUGUUGCCCCCUCCGUCCUCCCCCUCUCCUGGGGCCAAGACCAGCACAUCUUCCCCAUGGACUGGGAUCUGGUACUGGGUGCAGACAUUGUGUACCUGUCUGAGACUUACCCCCUCCUGCUGGACACACUGGUUCACCUGUGCAAGGACAGGGCAGUGGUGUACCUCUCAUCCAAGAUGCGAGAAGAGCACGGAACGCCUGGCUUCUAUGGAGACACUCUGCCACAGAGGUUCCAUGUAAAGCUGGAGCACCGUGACCCCACACAGAACAUCAACAUCUACAGCGCUACUCUGAGAGGGAAGCAGUGACAGAAAUGAGACUGGAUAGGACUGGGAGACUGAUGAACCGGUAAAUAGGUUGAGACUUGGAAGAGAACCACAUAACAGUGCCUACUCUCUGAACCCUCUGGUGUUCCUUCCUCUCCGAAAAAACUUUGUGCAGGAGCUGGAUAAGAAAGAAUAGGCACCUGACACAAAAGAGCAAAGGCUCCUCACUCUGAUUUUAGUGUUCCCAAAAGUGUUAUUUUAAACAAAAUAUAGACCAAUAGGUCAUCAUGUUGAAUGAAAAGGUCUGUAUUAGAGGUUGACCGAUUAAUCAGAAUGGCCGAUUAAUUAGGGCCGAUUUCAAGUUUUCAUAAUGUAUUUUUGGAUGCCGAUUUCCGCAAAAAAAACAUUUUUUUUUUUA